GCUAUAAAUAAUAUAUUAAAAUUAAAACUGACAAAAUAAUAUUAAACAAAAACAAAUGUAGUGUUGUCUGUAGACGUAGCGAUUGUAUAUUGUAAUAAUGAAUAGUAUGUCAUAGUGUUAUCUUUACAUUCCAGUGUUUUAAUUCGAAUUAUUUUUUUGACAAAUAAUUUUCUGCCAGUAGCUGAUAAGUGAUAACGUUAUCGAUUUGAACUUUGAGUAACUUUAAGAGCCCAUUAAACGAAAAGACAUAUGUCUUAUUUUUUAUAAGAAAUACUAACUGUGAUAUAUUCUAACAAGAAAAGUUAUUAAUUACUUGAAACAAUGUCUUUAUCGAAACCAAUUAUUAACCUUGUAGCAUCGUAUUUACAGAAUUUGUAUAUACACCCAAUUAAAACUAAGGCGAUAACAAGUUGCGUUGUCGGCUCUGCUGGAAGCAUCGCAUCACAAAUGGUGUCUGGUGAAAAAAUAAGACUUGACCCCGUCUUAGCAUUCGGUUUGUACGGGUUAAUAUUCGGUGGAACAGUCCCUCACUACUUCUAUGAGUUCAUAGAAAGAAUAUUUCCUCAAGAAACUUCAGCGUUUCCAUUAGCCAAGAAACUAUUGUUUGAGAGACUUAUUUUUACUCCACUUAUGCAAGCAUUUUCAUUGUACACACUGGCUAGAUUCGAAGGCAAAAAUCAUAAAGCGGCAUUAAAGCAAGUAAAUGCUCUGUACUUCACUGUGUUAGAAGCCAAUUGGAAAUGGCUGACUCUGUUCCAAGUUAUUAACAUAGCAUUUAUACCACCCAUGCUGAGAGUCUUGUUCAUGAAUCUCGUGGGUUUCGGAUGGGCGAUGUUUAUAGCGUCUAAGAGACGACAACAGAGUUCAAAGAAAGAAUAAAUAUAUUUUUUU